AUGAGUGAGAACAACGUCCCUGAAUCAGUUGCCGGAGCCAUCAGAGAUGACCCUUGGUUAACACCCUUUGCCCAUGAGCUUGCUAGAAGAAGACAUGCAGCAGAUGAGUGGUUGAAGACAUUUGAGCAGAACGAGGGAGGUAUUCUUUCCGUUGCGGAUGGUUAUAAGACGUAUGGGUUCCACGAGGAUGGUACUGGUGUUCAUUAUAAGGAAUGGGCUCCGAACGCUACGCAGGCGUUCCUGGUUGGUGACUUCAACGACUGGCAGUUUGAUAAGGAGAUGCAGAAGGAUGAUUUCGGCAACUUCUCCAUCACGCUCCCAAAGGGUUCUAUUCCGCACGAUUCCAGGGUGAAGAUAGUGCUGACUCUUCCUUCAGGCGAAAGAGUUUACCGUCUCCCGGCGUGGAUUACUAGGUGUACGCCUCCGCCUAAGGAGACCAAGUCGGUUUCGUACGAGGCUAGAUUUUGGAACCCUGAGCACCCUUAUCAGUUUGUAAACCAGCGCCCAUAUCCUUCCGAAAGCUUGAGAAUCUAUGAAGCUCAUGUGGGUAUCUCGACCCCUGAGCCACGUAUCGGAACUUAUAAGGAAUUCACUCAAAACGUGCUUCCAAGGGUGAAGGACUUGGGCUAUAACGCUAUUCAGCUUAUGGCCAUCAUGGAGCACGCUUACUAUGCUUCAUUCGGUUAUCAAGUCACCUCGUUCUUCGCUGCCUCCUCCAGAUAUGGAACUCCGGAAGAUUUGAAAGAGCUCAUCGAUACUGCACACGGGUUAGGGAUCGUCGUCUUGUUAGAUGUGGUCCAUUCCCAUGCUUCCAAGAACGUUGAUGAUGGUCUGAACAACUUUGAUGGUACUGAAUGGCAAUACUUCCACUCUGGAGGUAAAGGUGACCAUCCAUUGUGGGACUCAAAACUGUUCAACUACGGCAAAUAUGAGGUUCUUAGGUUUUUGUUGUCAAACCUCAAGUUUUACCUCGACGUCUACAAGUUUGACGGGUUCAGAUUUGAUGGUGUGACUUCCAUGCUCUACUUACACCACGGUGUUGGUGCUGGUGGUGCAUUUUCGGGUGAUUACAACGAAUAUCUCCAUGAAAACUCUCCUGUUGAUAAGGAGGCAUUGACUUACCUCAUGCUUGCGAACGAUUUGAUUACAAAAGUUGCAGAGAAAGAGGGCACCAAGUUUAUAUCAAUUGCAGAGGAUGUUAGUGGUAUGCCAACUUUGGGUGUUACACGUAAAGACGGUGGUGUUGGAUUCGAUUACAGAUUGGCUAUGGCUUUGCCAGAUAUGUGGAUAAAACUUUUGAAGGAGAGUAAAGACGAAGAUUGGGAUUUGAACAAAAUCGUUCAUACCCUGACAAACCGUCGUUACGCUGAAAGAGCCAUCGCGUACGCUGAAUCCCAUGACCAGGCCCUUGUUGGUGAUAAGACUCUAGCAUUUUGGCUUAUGGAUGCAGAGAUGUAUACAAAUAUGUCUGUUCUUUCUCCGUUGACACCAGUCAUUGAUCGUGGGCUGGCAUUGCACAAGAUUAUUAGAUUGCUUACACACUCUUUAGGAGGUGAAGGUUAUUUGAACUUUGAAGGUAACGAAUUCGGCCACCCUGAGUGGCUGGAUUUCCCAAACAUCAACAACGGAGACUCGUAUCACUACGCAAGACGUCAAUUCAACUUGAUUGAAGAUGACCUACUGCGUUAUAAAUUCCUGUACAGAUUUGACAGAGCAAUGCAACAUUUAGAGGCCAAGUAUGGAUGGUUACAUAAGAAGGACCAGUACAUCUCUCUGAAGAACGAAUCAGACAAAGUGUUGGUCUACGAAAAGGGAGGCUUGUUGUUCAUAUAUAACUUCCAUCAUUCAAACUCUUACACUGAUUACAGAUGUGGUGUUGAAGUCGCAGGAAAGUACAAGAUUGUCCUGAACUCUGACGACGAAGAGUUUGGAGGUCACGCAAGAGUUUCUCCUGAUCAGGAGUUCUUUACCACUGAUCUGGAAUGGAACAACAGAAAAAAUUUCAUCCAAGUUUAUAUUCCUAACCGUACCGUUCUUGUCCUUGCACUUGCUGAUUAG